CUCGCCUCCAACUGAAAUACUCGACUAUCCAUCUUUCUUCCACUCUCUCCCUCCCAUCACCUCCUCCCAUCAUGUCAAGAACAGCUAACAAAGCAUUCUCCUCCCAGAACGAGGCGUUCAUCAAGCAGGGCUGGUACCCCUCCCCGACCACCGGGCGCGCCGUCGACCUCACCAGCCUCGUCGCCGCCGCCAAGCACGCCGUGACCUCAUAUGACGUCUCCGCCACCGAUCGCCUGCUGUCCGCGGCCACUUCCGCGCCCUCCCCCAGCCUCCCCACGACGCUGAGCGUGACAGCCGAGUCCUCCUCCGCCGCCGCCGCGCGGCUACACGCGCUCGGCGCGCCGCGCAUCGCCGUCCUCAACUUCGCCAGCGCACGCAACCCGGGCGGCGGGUACAUAAACGGCGCGACAGCCCAGGAGGAGGACGUGUGCCGCUCCUCCGCGCUCUACACGACGCUGCUACAAGCCCCCGACUUCUACGCUCCACACCAGAAGAGCGACGGCCGCUACUCGCACCGCAUGGUCUACUCGCCCGCCGUGCCCGUGUUCCGCGACGCGGCCGGCGCCCUCCUCCCCGCGCCAUACACAGUAGACUUUAUCACCGCUGCUGCGCCAAACGCCGGCGCCCUCGCGAAGAACCACCCGCACCUCCUGCCCCAAGUGUCGCAGAUUCUGCGCGAGCGCGCCGCCCGCAUCCUCGCCCUCUGUGCGCACCAUGGCGCGCGCACGCUCGUGCUCGGCGCAUGGGGAUGUGGCGUGUUCCGAAAUGAGCCCGCUGAGGUCGCGCGCGUGUUCCACGACCUCCUCAUGCCCGGAGGCGCAUUCCAUGGGCGCUUCGACGCGGCCGUGUUCGCGAUCUACGACCGGUCGAAGGGGCAGGAUGUCAUGCGCCAUUUCCUGAAGGAGUUUACUGGCACCGCGCCUCCUCCGCCCACCAACGGACGCCGACGGAGCAGCAGCCCUUCAAAACCUGACACUCCUUCUCAGACUACUGGCGGAGGUGAAGGACCCUCACGGAGAGUUGUGCCCGGCUCGGGCGACAGAGAGGCCAGCAAGCCGAAGCAAGACAAGCCCGCCGCACCCGCCGACGGCCAGGCCAAGAUUACAUCGUUCUUUCAGGCGAAGCCAAGAGACGGGUAAUGAGGCAGUAAGCUAUCCACCCCGCUCCACCGACACGGACACGGACAUCGCACGACGACAAGGUAACGACACGACAUUGGGCUCUUGAUCACUGCAUCUUCCGUCCUGCACAUCUCUUCUUCACAUGACGCCUGUAUAAGUAGCUCAGCUUGCAUCAGUCAUGCGUAUAGCCUGCAUUAAUCCCGCCAUUC